AUGGGGCACUAUCGGAAGCGCUCCGCUUCACGGGGACGUUCUGGCAGCCGCUCCAGGAGUCGUUCUCCAUCCGACAAAAGAGCAAAACGCGGAGAAGACAGACGUUCUAGAAGCAGAGAACGAGAACGUCGGCGCGAGAGGUCACGCAGCAGGGACAAGAGGAGAUCAAGGUCACGGGAGAGGAAGCGCCCAAGACGGUCCAGAAGCAGAGAGCGAGAACGGAGCAGAGAGAGGAGAAGAACACGGAGUCGGGAUAGGAGACGAUCCAGAAGCAGAAGUAGAGGUAGACGGUCCCGAACCCCCAGUCCUGGCAAGAACAAGAAAACAGAAAACAGAUCAAGAUCUAAAGAAAAGACAGAAGGUGUAGAAGUUUCCAAGGAAAAGAAAAAAGAGAAAGAGGACAAAGAAGAAGAAAAGGAUAAAGAGGUUAAUAACUUUGAUCAGAACAAACUGGAGGAGGAAAUGAGAAAAAGAAAAGAGAGAGUAGAGAAAUGGAGGGAAGAACAGCGCAAGAAGGCUAUGGAAAACAUCGGAGAACUGAAAAAAGAAAUUGAAGAAAUGAAACAGGGGAAAAAAUGGAGCUUAGAAGAUGAUGAUGAUGAUGAGGAGGAAACUGCAGAAGGAGAAAAAGAAGGCAUGGAGGUGGAAGAUGAAGAAUUAGACCCUCUGGAUGCUUACAUGGAAGAAGUUAAAGAAGAGGUCAAAAAGUUCAAUAUGAGAAGUGUGAAGGGUGGAGGUGGGAGUGAAAAGAAAUCUGGACCAACUGUUACCAAAGUAGUGACUGUGGUGACAACCAAAAAGGCAGCUGUAGAAUCAGAAAAGAAGAAAGGGGAGCUGAUGGAGAAUGACCAAGAUGCAAUGGAGUAUUCUUCAGAAGAGGAAGAAGUUGAUCUUCAGACUGCCUUAACAGGCUAUCAGACCAAACAGAGGAAGUUGCUAGAACCAGUGGAUCAUGGAAAGAUAGAGUAUGAGCCCUUCAGGAAAAAUUUCUACGUUGAAGUUCCAGAGCUUGCUAAAAUGACCCCAGAAGAGGUGAAUGUGUACAGGCUGGAAAUGGAGGGAAUUACAGUCAAGGGGAAAGGCUGCCCCAAACCAAUCAAAACCUGGGUACAAUGUGGUAUUUCUAUGAAAAUUCUCAAUUCCCUCAAAAAACAUGGCUAUGAAAAGCCCACACCCAUCCAAGCCCAGGCUAUCCCAGCAAUUAUGAAUGGACGUGACCUGAUUGGCAUUGCUAAAACAGGAAGUGGAAAGACCAUUGCAUUUCUUUUGCCUAUGUUCAGGCAUAUUAUGGAUCAGAGGUCGUUAGAAGAAGGAGAAGGUCCAAUAGCUGUUAUCAUGACCCCGACUCGAGAGUUGGCUUUGCAGAUUACCAAGGAGUGUAAGAAGUUCUCAAAGACUCUGGGACUUAGAGUUGUGUGUGUCUAUGGAGGAACAGGAAUCAGUGAGCAGAUAGCAGAACUGAAACGAGGUGCUGAAAUUAUUGUUUGCACACCUGGACGUAUGAUUGACAUGUUAGCAGCUAACAAUGGACGGGUGACAAACCUUCGCAGGGUUACAUACGUUGUACUUGAUGAAGCGGACAGAAUGUUUGACAUGGGUUUUGAACCACAGGUCAUGCGCAUUGUAGACAACAUCAGGCCUGAUCGUCAGACGGUCAUGUUCUCUGCCACUUUCCCCAGAGCCAUGGAGGCUUUAGCUCGUCGAAUUCUGAAUAAACCUAUUGAGGUUCAAGUUGGGGGAAGAAGUGUUGUCUGUUCUGAUGUGGAGCAACAUGUAAUUGUUAUAGAAGAAGAGAACAAAUUCUUGAAGUUACUUGAGCUGCUGGGACAUUAUCAGGAGAAAGGAUCUGUUAUCAUAUUUGUUGAUAAACAGGAACAUGCUGAUGGGUUGUUGAAAGAUUUAAUGAGAGCUUCUUAUCCCUGCAUGUCACUUCAUGGAGGAAUUGAUCAGUAUGACAGAGACAGCAUAAUUAAUGAUUUUAAGAAUGGAGCGUGCAAACUUCUUGUGGCCACAUCAGUAGCAGCAAGAGGCCUGGAUGUAAAGCAGCUGAUGCUGGUAGUCAAUUACAGUUGUCCCAACCAUUAUGAGGAUUAUGUGCACAGAGCAGGCCGAACUGGACGAGCCGGCAAUAAAGGAUUUGCAUACACUUUUAUUACUGAAGAUCAAGCACGGUAUGCUGGUGAUAUCAUUAAGGCUUUGGAAUUGUCAGGGAAUCCAGUUCCUGGUGAACUGGAGAAAUCCAGUCCCUGAGAACUGGAGAAGCUCUGGGGUGACUUCAAAGAUCAGCAGAAAGCUGAAGGAAAGAUUAUUAAAAAGAGUAGUGGCUUCUCUGGCAAAGGAUUUAAGUUCGAUGAAACAGAACAGGCUUUGGCUAAUGAACGCAAGAAACUACAAAAAGCUGCUCUUGGCUUGCAGGAUUCAGAUGAUGAAGAUACAGCUGUUGAUAUUGAUGAACAAAUUGAGAGCAUGUUCAAUUCAAAGAAGAGAGUGAAAGAUAUGGCAGCACCAGGAACAUCUAAUGCUCCUACUCCCACAGCUGGUAACGCAGAAAAACUGGAAAUCGCCAAAAGAUUGGCAUUGAGAAUCAAUGCCCAGAAGAAUCUUGGUGCAGAGGCACAAGUGUUUGUCCCUUUCCACUUCAAGGAUGUGAUGCAGCAGGCAACAAACGCUAUCUUGAGAGGAGGCACAAUUCAGGCUCCUACUGUAUCUGCCAAAACCAUUGCAGAGCAACUGGCUGAAAAGAUCAAUGCUAAGCUCAAUUAUGUACCUAUAGAGAAACAGGAGGAAGAGAAACAGGAGGGAGGACAAAAUGAAUCCUUUAAGAGAUAUGAGGAGGAACUGGAGAUCAAUGACUUCCCACAGACUGCCAGGUGGAAAGUUACAUCCAAGGAAGCUCUGCAGAGAAUCAGUGAAUAUUCUGAAGCUGCUAUUACAAUCAGAGGAACAUAUUUCCCUCCAGGCAAAGAGCCUAAAGAAGGCGAACGAAAAAUUUAUUUGGCUAUAGAGAGUGCCAAUGAGCUGGCUGUGCAGAAAGCAAAGGCUGAAAUCACGAGACUUAUAAAGGAAGAACUAAUCAGAUUACAAAAUUCAUACCAACCAACCAACAAAGGAAGAUACAAAGUUUUAUAAAUAUUUGGAGCAACCAUCUGCCAGUGGCUGGUGUGUGAAACUUCGUGGCUUCUCUUGUUUUUGCUGUUUACACUGCUUCUUGUAAAUUAAGAAUUUUUUAUUUUGUCUUGUGGACAUUUUUUAACACAAAAUCAAUAUUUGCUGAGACAUCUUCAUUCUAUCCGCUAAGGUUAGAAAUCUUAAAGCAGACCAAUUUUGGAAGGGUAUGAUUUAAUUUAAAAGUGUAGUUUAUAUACAUUUCACUUUAAAAUGCUGAAUAAAACGGAUUUUAAUUUUCCUGACAGACUCUAGUGUAAUGUAAAUUAAGCAGAUUUGGGCUUUGCAUUGGAAGUUAAUAAAUAGUACUUACAGCUUCACAUCCUGGGGGGGGCAGUUCACACUGUAUAACUUAUAGUGGAAUUAGUGAUUCAACACCAAAAUAAGGGCAGAAUUUUCCUCCCUAAUCUGUAUUCGCUCACUAACCUGUUCAGCUUCCAUUCCCUGUGCAAAAUUCGCAGUACUGGCAUUUAGAGUCCUGUACUGAUCAGAGUAGAGAAUUCUGUCCUAGAACAAUUAUAAGUUUAUUCUAAGGUUCUUUUUUUCAUUUUUCUGUCUCUUCCCUUGUCAUUAUAAUUAAUUCUUUGGGGUUUUUUGUAAAAAAAAAAAAAAAAAAAAAAAAAAAAAAAGUUUUGUAGUAGGAAAAGUGGUUUCAGCUUUUUUCUAAAUGUCAGGAUUUUAGGAUGUGUGUUUUCCCCCUUUCAUCAACCUGAGUUAUAAACCUAUUUAGUAAAAAAAAACCCCCAAAAACCAAGCAAACAAAAAAAGAAACAGAAUCAGCAAAAUGAGAAACAUCUUUUGUAAUGCAGUAUAAAGUUUGUCACUUUUUUAUAGUGAUAUAUGCAUUUAAUGUGAUAUUUUCAGGAAUGUUGUUAUUGCUGUUAGAAAGCUGCUUUUGGCAAAUAGUAUUUGUAGGUCAACCCUCCAAAGUUGACCACUAUUGUAUUGGAAUGUUUGAGUUUGCUGGGAUAGUCAAAACUUGGUUUACGUCUUCCUUUUGAUCCUGAAAUUCUUAACAUUCAUAAUGGUGAUUUUUCUUUUUUAAUAUCCAAAAGAUCUUGAUUAAAUUUUUUUCACCUCUUAUCUGUAAUGUAAGAGGAGGCAUUAGAAUUUUUGAGUCGUGACAAAUUUUGAAGAGGAUGAAAACCACAGGACUUUCGAUUUUUUUUUUUUUCUUUCUUAUCUGAGUGUUGAAAAUAAAGUUUUAAAAUGCCUGUACGUAAGCAUUAACCCUUUGAAGACAGAUUAUAUAAUCUGCAUCAUGGUUAUAAAUUCGCAGUUUCUAUUUACAGAAUUCAAGUAAUUUAAAUAAUCAUUUCCAGUUUAAGAUCCUAUAAAUUUGUCUGUUUUUUUGUGUCAUAGUAACCUUAUUUUUGAGAUACAAAAAAUAACAGCUGCACAUUUUCACUCUCUCCCUGAAUAAAAUGCCCUGAAUGUAGUAGUUGGCAUGGUUAAAACAAUUAACCUGAACAGAGUCAGAAGAAAGACACAUAAGGAAAUAUUUAAGGGUUAGUAUCAACUCUGAAGCAAAUUUUCAAACUCCAUUUCCUUUAAAUGUUCAGACCCCCUUUUGUUAAGAUUGUUUUUUGAGAAUGUUUCACAUGACACCUGUGCUGAUUUUUAUCUGACUUUCUCACAGUGCUGUAAAUUGCCACAUUUCUCAAGCUGUGGCAGGUUUUGAUGCAUUUGGUGUGGUGCCCAUUCAGGUUCAGACUUUGACUUCUUUUUUUAAGAAAAUGCCUUGGUUUGAAAUGUUCUUGUUGGUAUCUAUUGACCAAAGCCACACAGAGAUGUUUGUUAUUUCCACAUUCACACAUUAGAGUUAUCAGAAAGAUCAGACAGUGUACAGUCUUUAACUUCCAGGGGAUUUUAAAAGCAAUGUCAAUAUUCCUAUGUUUUUUAAAUUACACCAAAAAUAAAAAUAAUUUCAAUGUGUGUUUUUCAGAAACACUCUUUCUGAAUAACUUAUCAGUUUUCUGCACUAUGCGUUUGUCUCUUCACUUGUUUCUGCUGCAACUAACUCUAUACCUACCAAUGGCAGCUAUUCCUUUAAAUGUAAGAAAUGUCUACUACCUGUGUAUAUAUUCGAAUCAUUCUCUACAAGGAAUAUAAUGAGAUGUAGCAGAUCAGAUACCAGUCAGUGAGGAUCUGCUGCAAAAGAAGCAUCACUGAAUGUGUUCAGGAACUUGAAGUAGAGGGCAAGUUAGAGAGAAAUGAGGCAAACCCAAAUUAAUAGAAAAGAAAGGCAUAAGAAAGCAUAAAAGAAAAAAACAGUGGUAACAAGGCAAGAAUUAAGAAAUUUUGAGGUGAGGAGGGGGACAAGCAAGCUAGGAGAAGUUCAUCUUUCAAUCUUUGUAAUUGUUCUUGCACAGUAAAAGCCACCCUUCCUGUUAAGCUUCACAGGUCUGGGUCUUCCCUGGGCCUGUAUCCUGUCCCAUAUGUUGGGGAAAAGGAACAAUGCUUAAAAAAAGAGGAGUAGAUAUCCUGUUUAUUCUGUUAUUUACCCAAGACAAUAUAUUCCCAGCUUUCCAUAUUUUUCUUUUGCUUUUGAUGCUUGGGUAGGUAGUAUUCAAUCGGGUGUUGCUGGGUCAUGGAUGAAUAUCCAUUUAUUUACAUUUUACUGUAAUUAAAUGUUGCUGAUAGCCUGUGGGUUGCAGUGGGUAGUCCUUGGGCAUCACUUUUGUGGUUGGUGAUAGAACCUCUGUGCUCCAAAUACCUCCUGCCUAUUCCAGGGUGUGCCAGGUAGAGUACAGCUGUGUCACACUUGAGCAUGCACUCAUUUCAGGGUCAGGUUGUGAUUUUGAGUGUGUGCUGGUGCAAGGGAAUGAAGGAAGAGUAAAAACACCCCUUAUGUUACCUGUACCCUGGGUCCAGUGCAGGGGCACACAGCAACAGAGCCUGGCAUGGGACUGCGUUUUUAAUUCUGCAUCUGUCUUGCUUCAUAAGAAACUCUUUUCACUCCCUCUUUUUUUCCUGUACAUUAUAUCCUGUUCUUACCUACAGAAACUUCAGUCAUACUCAUUCAUGUACCAUGAAUAGAUAUUUUUAAUAAAUGACAAAUUUUCUCUCC